CAGGUGAACUGUCACCCAAAAUGUCAGCACCCUAAGAACUCAUGCACCGGGGUUAUUUCAGUACUAUUUACUUUAAAAUAUACCUGUUUCGUUUCGCCGUGCCAGCAUAUAAUGUUCAGUCAAUGUGGCCACAGUCUACAUUUUAAUAAUGACUUUACAGAAGUAUUUGAACGUUAGUUAGCUAGCUAGCUAACUCCAGCGCACAGUUUGGACUGUUUAUCCUUCAUGCCGUAACUGACUGCAGCUUAACGACAACAUGUCGCUUUCUCUAGUGAGGCGGUGCUGUGACACACCACUAUUAAGACGUGUUUUACAGUUCAAAGAGUACAGAAGGAAAAUACAAAGCUGUAAUAUGACCUACACACUGUUAAGACACCGAUGGAUGAAAGGCCUGCCUGUAUUCUCGAGCAGGAUGCUAAGCACUAAAACAGACAAGGAUACUAUUGACCUGUCUAAGUUCCCUGUGGAAAGAAUCAGGAAUUUUUGCAUCAUCGCUCAUAUUGACCAUGGAAAAAGCACGUUGGCUGACAGGCUGUUGGAAAUGACAGGUGCCAUAGCAAAGACUGACAAGAACAAGCAGGUGUUGGACAAGCUUCAGGUGGAGCGAGAGAGGGGGAUCACAGUGAAGGCGCAGACGGCCUCGCUAAUCUACAGCCACGAGGGAGAGCAGUACCUCCUGAACCUCAUCGACACGCCGGGUCAUGUUGACUUCAGUUACGAGGUUUCUCGAUCGAUUUCAGCCUGCCAAGGUGUCCUGUUGAUUGUCGACGCCAAUCAGGGGAUUCAGGCGCAGACAGUUGCUAACUUCUACCUGGCUUUUGAAGCUCAGAUGGCCAUCAUCCCUGUCAUCAACAAGAUUGAUUUAAAAAAUGCUGAUCCAGAACGAGUGGAGUCACAGAUUGAAAAGGUUUUCGAUAUUCCAACUGAGGAAUGCAUUAGGAUUUCAGCUAAGCUUGGAACAAACAUUGAACAGGUUCUCCAAGCGGUGGUGGAGAGAAUUCCCCCGCCCGUGGCAAGUAUUGAUGAGCCAUUUAAAGCCCUUGUGUUUGACUCCAACUUCGACCACUACAGAGGGGUGGUGGCCAACAUUGCUCUGUUCGGGGGUCGCGUCAAAAAAGGGGACAGGAUCGUGUCUGCGUAUCUCGGGAAAACCUACGAGGUCAACGAGCUGGGGCUCCUCCGGCCAGCUGAGCACCCGACACAGAAGCUGUUUGCAGGUCAAGUAGGCUACAUAAUAUCAGGGAUGAAGGACGUGAAGGAGGCCCAGAUUGGGGACACUCUCUACCUCCAAGAACACCCAGUGGAAGCUCUUCCGGGGUUUAAACCCGCCAAAGCAAUGGUCUUUGCUGGCAUGUAUCCCAUGGACCAGUCGGAGUACCCGGCCCUUCGCAGUGCCAUCGACAGACUGACGUUGAAUGACUCCAGUGUCACAGUGCAGAGAGACAGCAGUAUGGCCCUGGGAGCCGGCUGGAGACUGGGCUUCCUGGGUCUUCUGCAUAUGGAGGUGUUCAACCAGAGGCUUGAGCAGGAAUACAACGCCUCGGUGAUCGUAACAGCACCCACUGUUCCCUACAAGGCCGUCUUCUCUUCACCCAAACUCAUCAAGGAACAUGGCAGUGAGGAGAUCACUGUGGUGAACCCGUCUCAUUUCCCAGACAGAUCCGUUGUGUCAGAGUAUUUGGAGCCUAUGGUGCUGGGGACCAUUCUCACUCCGGACACCUACACCGGCAAGAUCAUGACCCUCGCCUUGAAUCGCAGAGGGAUCCAGAAGAACAUGGUGUACAUAGACGACCAGCGAGUCAUGAUGAAGUACCUCUUCCCUUUGAAUGAAAUCGUUGUGGAUUUCUACGACCUGCUCAAAUCAAUGUCCUCUGGAUACGCCAGCUUCGACUAUGAGAACGCAGGCUACCAGGCUGCUGAUCUGAUAAAGAUGAAUAUCCUGCUGAACGGGGAACCUGUGGAAGAACUCAUCACCAUUGUGCACAGAGAGCGCGCGUACAACAUGGGGAAAGCCAUGUGUGAGCGACUCAAAGACUCCAUACCGAGGCAGAUGUUUGAGGUGGCUAUACAGGCAGCUAUUGGAAGCAAGGUCAUUGCGAGGGAAACGAUAAAGGCGUUCAGAAAAAAUGUUCUGGCUAAAUGUUACGGAGGUGACAUAACACGGAAGAUGAAGCUGCUGAAGAGACAGGCGGAGGGUAAGAAGAGGAUGCGGCGCAUUGGCAACGUGGAAGUUCCCAAAGACGCUUUCAUUAAUGUUCUGAAGAGGAAAGAAAAAUAAACUGAAGUACUUUUAGUAUUUUAUUGUUAUAUAUUGAUGUCAUUAUGCAGUAGGUCUUUAUUAUUGAAAGGCCCUGCCAGAUUCUCUCUAAAUA